UCAUUCUCUUCUGUGCUUCUCUCACUGCAUCAGUGAGAGAAAAUGAUGGUUGUUCUAUGGCUGGUUGGCUGAUGACCAUAAGGAGCAGUUUGUGUGUCACCGACAGGCUUUUUGGACUUUUUUUAAUUGGGUGACUCUGGACUCUGAAGAUCAGAUGUGCUAUGAAGGACCCAUGUCGUAUAUGUGGCGUUCGUCUGGUGGGAAGCCAGUGUCGCUGGAUCUUUAGCUCAUCAGCAAAAAGGAAACUACAAGUCAUACUGUCCCAUGUGUUGGGGAGGGAGGUGACCCGUGAUGGUCGUGGAGAGUUUCUUUGUGGGAAAUGUGUGUUCCAGCUGGAGAAGGUGGUGCAGUGUGAUGUUGACAUCAGCCAAACACAGGAUGAACACAAUGCACGUAUUCAGAAACUACAGGCAGAGAAAGAACACCUGAUCCAGUGCAUCAUCCAUGUCUACAACAAAAACAACCCAAGCCUGGGCAAGAGGGAUGGAGAAAGUAGUAGAUCUAAAACUCCACUGAGUUCUGCUGGUGUGGUCAGUCCUGACUUUGAGGCUGUAUAUCACCUAGCCUCUGAAGGCCAGCAGUACAGGGAGAGUGCUCACACAGGGAAUCGAAUGAGAAGAUGUGUGAGUCUGGAUAGGAUUGCUAGUAAAGGGUCAUUCCCAGGGCGCUCUUGCCUGAGGUUUGGAUCAGUGAGUGGAUCAGCAGGACUCGAAGGGUCUCUGAAGACUUCUGGUCUCCGAGGCACACGCCACCGCUCACAGAGCAUGUACCUAGAUCUGGUCCAGCGUAAAGGCACACUGAAUAGAUAUGGGUUCCACGGUCGCUCCACAUCGUUGCAGUGUCUUAAUCGAGACUUUGGUUCAGAUUCUCCUCUUGACCCUCCAUCCAAACUAAAACUCAGAGAACCCAAGGUGAUUGCCAGACAAAAUUCUACUGAUGACACAGUCGGGAAAGCUCAGGCCAGAGCACUACAACGCUCUGCAGGUCAGCCCUCUUUGAUCGCUGACUUAGUCCAGAUUUUGUGCUGCAUCUCUAGAAGGCACAUCUCUGCCCCUGCUGGUUGCCGUAUCCCUGUCUUGAAGAGGUCAAAUGCUGUUCACCGUAAUCCUAGCACCAAAGGCAGUCACAAAGAAACAGAGUGGAAAGCGCUACAUGACCUUACAGAGGAAUUUGAUGAUGAAUACACACCUGUCAAAGUGGAGAAGAUUGAGGUUAACCGGCUGGAGUCUGUCAAUAAGCAACUGAAUGAAGAUCUAAGACAGGCAAGAAGUACCAAUGACACCCUGACAAAAACACUGGAGGAUACUCAGACUCACAGCAAGACCCUGUCUGGGAAGUUGGAGGAAAUGGAAAGUGAACUGAGCUCUGAGAAGAAAAAUGCACUUAAGCGAGACAAAACGAUCCAAGGGCUCACUCAGGUCCUCAAAGAAAAAGACAAAGAGAUUGCAGAGCUGUGCCAUGAGAUUGAGGACAGGGAUGAAGCACUGGCCAAGGCAAGAGAGGCAGCACAUAAAGCCCAACUGCAGAAAUACCAGGGUGCAGAGGAGCACCAAAACCUAUUAAUGGAAAAGCAAGCAGAACUGGCCCAACUUCAGGGUGAACACAACUCCAAGGUGCUUGAGUCCCAAAAGCUCCAACGUGCUUUAGACAGGAAGGAGCAGGAGCUGGCUGACCUUCAGCAAGCGAAAGACCAGCUAGAGGUCGAACUGGAGGACCUCCAACAGCAGAAGAAGAAAGGAGACAAAGCCCUGAAUGAUCUAAACAAUCAGCUGAAAAAGCUGAAUGGAGAGAUCAAGGACAAAGAGAGUGCCCUUGAGGAGCAGUACCAGGAACUGCUGGAACAAACCAAAAGAAAAGUACAGUCUCAUGAGGUCACCAUCCAGCGGCUCACAUCCACUCUGGCUGAUAAAGAGCAGCAGCUACAGGAGUACAUAAACAUGAUCAGAGACUUUGAGCAAAGCAAAAGCCCAGGAGGAAAUGAUAGUGUGCUUUCCAAGCUCAGGCAAAGACUGAAAGAAAAGGAGAAAGCUUUGGAGCAAGCAUUAGAUGAAAAGUUUGCAGCCAUUGAAGAGAAGGACAAUGAGAUACACCAGCUACAGCUGUCUCUCCGGGAGAAGGAAAGAGACUUGGAAAGACUCAAUAAUUUACUCUCUCACAAUGAGGAAACUAUUAAUAGUUUUGAUAGUCUGAUCAAGGAGAAGGAUGUGGAGUUGCAGCAUCUUGCAAAUACACUGAAGAACCUUCAAAGAUCCAAACAAGAUGUAGAAGAUAACCUGAACAGAUCACUGAGGGAGAAGGACUCUAUCAUCAGCCAGCUCCAACUGUCACUGGAGGGCAAGACAAAAGAUAUGCAGGAAAUAACUGACUCAAUGCUGAGCCAGUCACAGACUCAUGCGCGUGAUCUUGCUGAGCAGAUGGGCCAGAGGUUAAAGGUCACAGAGGCUAUGUUAGCUGAGGCGGUAAAGGCCAGGGAAAGGCUGGUUGCAGACAAUGAGAGUGCUGUGGAGGGACUGCUGGCUACAAUAAGCAGCAAGGACCAACUCCUCAAGGAGUCUGCAGAUCACUAUAACCGCAUGUUGGCUGAGCGUACUCAGGAGAUUCAGGAGCUGAGGAAACAACUGUCUGACAGGCAACAGCAGCUUGUCACUGCUGAGAAGCAAAGCUCCACUGCAGCCCAGGAGGGUUAUUUAGAGACAGCAGAGCUUAGAGCCCUCCUUGCCGAAAAGGACCGUCUCAUCAACAAACUUCUUCAGCGUGGCCAGGAAAGAGACCAGUUUCUGGCUGAGAUGAGGCAAAAGGAUGAGCCAGAUCGUGUGCUGGAGCUUAGACAAACUAUCCAGCUCAUGCAGGAGAAGCUGGAUGAGAAGGAAGGUGAACUGUCCAGGAGGAACAGUGAGGGCAGUGUGGAGAAUAUUCCAACUUCAAAGAAAGCUGUUGUUGUCCUGAAGAAGGAGUUGGCACAGAAAACCGAAGCACUAAACAAAGCACUGAAAAGGGAGAAUGAACUCAAGAUUUCAUUAGCAGAACUACAGUCACAGAUAUCUGAGCUGGAGGGUCGAAUUGAAGGUCAAACAGCGAAUACUGAGUCCCUGACUGCCACUCUGAAAACCAAGGAUGAGAUUAUCAAUACUCUCCACCAGCGUCUUGGUCAGAGAGGGGACAGUCGGGUUGAACAUACGCUGGAUCAGGUCAUUAGUAGCGGGAUAGAGAGGUCUCUUCCUGGGCUGCCACAAAGAGAGCACACCAUGAUUGGUGGAGACUGCCAGCAAGAAGCUUUGCCCAGCCUCAUAGCUUUACAACAGGAGCAUGAUGCUCUCAACAAAGCUCUGAAAGCAGAACAGCAGCUUUACUCCAGCCUGGUCAGGACUGUAAAGGAGCAGGACAGUGCCCAGCGUCUCCAUGCUCUGCAGCUAGAGCUGACAGCUGUUCAGCUUCUUAGGCAGCAGUUAGAAGACAGCAUCAAGACGAACGAAGAACUAAGGGAUGACCUGGAGAGAGAGAUACACAGAGCCAAACUCAGAGAAGGUAUGGACCUAAUUGAUCCUAAAGAGUUGGAGAGCAUGAGAAAUCAGCUUGAAGAUGCUCAACGUUGGAAUGCCUCGCUGCAGGCUCGAUUAGGAGCCAUCCAGAACCGUGGGGGAGGUGUUGGUGGAGCAAAUGAUAGUGGUGAGACUUUGAGUUUCAUUGGUGAUCAGACAUCUUACAUGAGUAUCUGUGUGGGAGAGUGGCAGGAUGAUAGCUUGUCUCAGUUGUCUGCACAGGAGCUCAAGCAGAAGGUGUUGGAGCUGCAGGACUUUGUCAGCAGACUGCAGACUCUGAACAACGAGCUGCAGAGCCGAAUGACCCUGCUGGAGAAGUCAGACCAUGAAGAUCCUGGUAAAGAAGAGCGAGACCUGAGCAACAGUAGCCAUUGGAAGCAGCUAGAGAACAUGCAAGAAAUGCAGCCAAGAGCUCGAAGCAACAGACAGCGGCACGAUAAAGAGACCCAGACUUCUGAGGAACUGGGACAGAUGGUGUCUGGAAACCUGUUGCAUCAUGAGAGUACUGACACUGGUCAUGGCCAGAUUAGAGACGACACUCAGUCUGGUGUUGACUCGAGACAAAAGGAUUCAAGAGACAGGAACAGACAUGAAGCAGCACUUACAUCCCUGUUGGCUGACUGUGGGGCUUCAUCAGUGUCACACCUAAAAGAGGAGCUGCUCCGACUUAAAUUAGAAAAUGUGAAGCUGCGCGGUCUCCUGAAAGAACACACGUCAUCUGAGUCGAAAGAAAGGGAGAGCAUGGAUGCUUCAGGGGAGAGCAGUGAUGGACAGGCUGAGUUAAGAAAGAGCAUGGAAACACUGCAGGCAGAGGCAAAAAGUCAGUCUAAGGUCAUCGAGCUGUCAAAUGAAAAGAAAGAAAGGAAAUCUAAUGACAUCUCAGAACAGGAGCGAGCUGUCACCACAGAGCUAACUGGCAGCACUGAGAAGAUGGACAGUCCACAAGAGAAAGGCCCAUCAUACAGCAAUACUGCCAAGCAAUGGGUCACCAGGCAUGGGGCUGCUGUCAAAUCUCGCCUCCCUGUCCCCAUGAGGCUGAGAGUGGAGUCUGGCAGCAGCAGGCAGCCUGUGAGCUCUGACCUGAAGACUGAUGUGGAGGAUGUCAAUGGGUGUGAUCAGCAGUUGCUUGUCGACACAGACUCCAUGUCAUCACACCAGUACAGCACCUCCCCCUCUUCCACGCUCAGAUAUGCUCACCAUAGCCGAAGAUCAGCAGAGUCAGACAAAGACUCUGAAGCCAGACCAACACUGGAUCACACCCAGCCUGACUCGGCUCUUUUCACUCAGCUAGAGCUGCUUCACCAGGAGUGCCAGGAGAAGGAGGCUCUCAUCAACAAGCUAAGUGAGCAGCUAGCGGACUGGGAAGAGCUCCAUGCUCAGCUUCAAGAAAAGGAACGACUUAAUCGCCAGUACUUGGAGGCCUUACAAGCAGCUGAGUCCACCAUUGCUUAUCUGACUGCUUGCAGUUUGGACAGUCAGAGUGGACUCGGUUCUCACCCUGGUUUGCAUACACGUUCUGGUUCUAGGAGUUCAGAUGCUGCCCUUCACAGCAGGUGCUUGGAGUUACAGAAAGCCUUACAGGAUAAAGAAAAGUUUAACAACCAGCUUAUAGAUCUUCUAAGCAUGGCAGAAAAAGCUUUCAUCUCCUCUGACAGCCAAGAACAGAAUCCAGAAACGAAUGAUCUAUGCGUUAAGAUAGAAACAGCCUUGCAAAUGAAUAACUCUUCUGAGAGACAGGGUGUCUCUGGUUCAAGGUGUGAGCUGCAGGAGCAUGCAGGGGCAUUUUGGAACCAGAGUAGAAUGGAUGCAGAGCUGCAGGAGAAACAGCGAGCUGCAGAUGCGGCAAAAGUUGGCUAUGGAAGUGCCAGUGCUGGCCAGGAUAGUGACCCCUCAGAGCAGGUAGGAGCAGAAUCACUUAAAAAGAAAGACUCAAAAGAGCAGGACAUAAAUGAUAAUGCCACCUCAAAUCAGGAAGUUAUCAAAGUUCUAAUGAGCUGCCUUAAUGCAGUAGAUUCUGCUGUCGCCUCUUUGACAACACACUGUACAAAUACUAGCCCCUUGACUUCUGGUAGAUCAUCACCAAAUAACGCUGACCUGCAGAUGUGUUUAGACCAGCUACAGAGAGCAUUGCAAGAAAGGGAGAAACUAGUAGGCCUUACAGAAGCCCCCCAGCCAACCACUAAAUCCAACAGCAGUCAGUCCAUUGCUGCAGCUAACAUGAAGGGUCAGCUUCACCAGGAGCUCCAUCACAACCUGUGUAUCCUCUAUAAAGUCUUCGCCAGCCUUUCUCAGAAGAUCUCUGAACUCCAGGCUUCUGUACAAGUGGAGAAGAGUCCCAGAGAGGAGUCUGAGGCCCACAGGUCAGGGCAGGAUGCCAUGGGAUUACCACCGAGUGUUCAGAGCCAGUUGGAGACUCUCCAUAAGGCACUGAGGGAGAAGAAGAAAGCCUGCAAAAGCCUGGAGGAAAAACUAGCCACUGCACAAUCUAUUAUUACCAAGACGCCCUCUCCUGGAGCUGCACGGAAAGCUCUGGAGCAAGAUGACAAAGGCGUGCAGGUGGAUUUGCAGGACCUGGGUUACGAAACCAGUGGCAAGAGUGAGAACGAUAGGGAAGAGAGCAGUAGCACAGAUCUGGAGGUUGGUGUGAAUCCCAGCUGCAGUGCAUCUAGUUUGCCAUCUUUGUUGAAACAGGAGGCCACCUUCUCCUCUACUGAAAACCUUUACUCAACUUCCAGCACCCCGUACCCUACUUCACCAGCUCUCAGUUCAGCAAAGGUCAGUCUGAAAAGCCUGCAGGUUUAUGAGGACUAUGGUGUUUCAGAAGACCCUCUCCAGCUUCAGACACAAGUCAGAGAGCUUAAGGUCCAGCUGGAAAUCCAGACAAAACUCAUCCUCCAAAUGCAAAGUCUUCUGCGAAGAAACUCUCAAUCCAGUGAUUUUGUCGCCAACACCUCUGAUCCCUCAAUGAUCAGGGACUCAGAAGGGGCACAGAGGGAAGACCACAGCCUAGAGAGGGGCUACAGAGCUGGGCAGCUGAGGGAGAAGAAAGAUGGAGACAGCAAAGUGAUGAAGGAUAAAACCAGUCACCUGAAUGUGGAACAUGACAGUGAGAGGACACUUUGCAGAAACACAAGUGAACAGCUGCAGCAGACCCGCAGCCGCUCUGCCUCACCAGCCAGACUGGACUCCCUGGUGCAGUCCCAGGCCAGGGAACUGUCGCAGCUGAGGCAGCAGAUCAAGGAGAGUCGCCGGCUGGGAGCCCUGCACCGGCUGCAGCUGGAGGAGCUGAACAAGGCUUUCAAGGAGCUGAUGCACGCCAGUGAAGUUGACUGCUACAUGGGGGAGGUAGUCAAAGAGCAGCUGGACAAGAGCCUGAGCAUUCUGGACAGGCUGGAAGGACGGCUAGACAAAGGCGGCCGCUCCCUUGAUGGAGAAUCUCAUCUGGAUAAUGAGGAUGUGGCGGCUCUGGAACUGUCUCGCAGGUUGGCUAAAGAGUUGCAAGAGAAGAACCGCCUCAUUCAGAGCCUCCAGAGUCAGUUCAGAGGUCAGACUCCCAGCAGCCACCACAGCUCUCACUCUGAUCUGUACCACUCAGACAGAACGUCCUCCUCCUGUCAUAGCAGACCGACCACACCAGGUGGCAAACUGGUUCACAGUAAGCACUCAGACCAGCGACACUCUGCUGAUUGGCCAGCAGUAAAUGUCCCACCUGGAGGAGGAGGAGCUCAGGAGGAAGGUGUGUCCGGUCACAGACUGCAGGGCCUGCAGAGGGAGAACGGCCGACUGCAGGAGCAACUGAGAAACAGCGAGGAGCUCAACUCCACACUGCGCACAGAGUUGGACUUGCAUCGCUCAAUUAUGGCCCAGACCAGUUCACACCAUCAGGAAAAGGAUCAAAGCCAAGACCAGGAUGGGUCAGGGCCCCAAACAGAGGCUUCGAAACAAGAUGGAGGGUCACAGAAGAAUAUGUCUGAACAGCCUCGCACACUGAAUUCAGAUCUACUGGCAGAGCAUUUACAGGAGAUUCGGGCUCUGCGGCAGCGCCUGGAGGAGAGCAUCCGCACCAACGACCAUCUCAGGGAACAGCUGGAGAAGAGACUGGCUGAAGUGGAGAGAGACCCAGCAGCUACCAACAUCUUCAUCCAUGGCAACGAGGAGCAUGGUCAGUUGGCCAAUGAGGUGCGCUUCCUUUGGGGACAAAAUCAGGCCUUGAAGGAGCAGCUUAACUCGGGGUCGAGAGAUAAGCAGAAGGAGAAUGACAAGCUGCGGGAAACUCUGGCCAGGAGGACGGCCAAACUGGAGCAGAGCCGCAGGGAAUGUGAUGCCCUGAGGCAGGAAAACAGCCGACUGCAGGACAGGCUGGAGCGCAGCAGCCAAGAAAACGCACAACUGCAGGACCAGCUACACUACAGCAAGGAUGAGCUGCACAGGAUACAGUGUGAGGUGAAGCUUCAGAGGCAGCAGUUGUCUGACUCUCACCAUCUUCUCCAGUCCCUGCGGGUGGAGCUGCAGGUUUAUGAAAAGAUGAAGACUGAGACUCAGAAGUCUAAAGAAACCAAGGAGUCGACCCAAACGCCGGACCAGGGGCCUCCAUCCGGACCCGUGGACCUGGGAGAGCUACUGUCGGAGAUCAGACACCUCAGGCUGCAGCUGGAGAGGAGCAUCCAGACCAACACAGCGCUGCGACAGAGACUGGAGGAGCAGCUGCUCAGAGGACCCAACCGCUCUGAAACCAUCAACAUCAACUACCUGCUGUCGUCUCCAGAUGAAGGAGGCAGGUCACCACCGGGCCGGGACAACUCUGAUCCUCUGCGACAGUCAUUUCAGACUCACAGCGAACACACCAGAGUCGUCCAUGAUGAAAAACGCUACGCUCAUUCUGAGGGGGAUGGAGGCUCGGUCAGCGGCAGUUCUGGUGAGAGCCUCACUAGCGCCCCCUCUCGCCUCGUACCGGGUCAUCGGAUGUGGGCCAACCGCAACGGCCGCCACAUCUUGGGUUUGAUCGAGGACUACAACGCUCUCCGGAAGCAGAUCUCAGAGGGCCGUAAACUGUCCCACAGCAUGGACGCACAACUGCAGGAGUGUGUGCAGGCUUUUAAACAGCAGGGCCCCGACAACAAGGUGAUAGAACAGCAGCAUCUGAAGAGUUUGUCCGGCAGCAUGAACACCAUGCAGCAGGUGUUAGAGGAGGCCGGUCGACUGCUCAAACUACUGUGGAGAGUGUCUUUGCCAGCAGGUAACACCGGAGACAGCAACAACAACCAGCAGGACGAGCUGCUGAGGAAUGAGAUCACCAGACUGAAGAGCCGUCUGUCGCAGCAGGAGAGGAUGCUGAGUGGAGCUGUGAAACGCCUCCGGACCACCAACCAGCUCAAAGAGGGCAUGGAGAGGGUCAUCAUCGAUCAGUUGUGUCUAACCCACGGAGUGUUGAAGAAAGCCAGAGGGAAUUUAGAGACGAAUUACUGUACGCUGUAUGGUCCGAAAGUCCUGUCUGGAGGACCGGGUGAAGGAGGUCCCGGUCAAUGGCCAGUAGCAGACGCUCAUCCUGGACCCAUCAGCAGCCCCGGGUCUGUUUGCAGGCGGAGCGCAGACCCUCAGUCGGACUCGGAGGAUCGGCGCAGCGACGCCUCCUCUCACUGCAGUUAAUAGACGGUUGGGACUCUGCUCUGUGUAAUGUAGCUGCUGUUGCGCUCAUUAGGCGUCUGUCCUGCUGUACCACUGUCCUCCUGGAUGUCCACAUCAGACUUUUGUACAAUUGCACAAAACAUACCUAUAACGCUGAUUUAUUGUAGGUACUGAAGCUGUAAGAGUAUUUUUUGUUUUGAAAAGUAUUGCCUUUGUAAAUAGUAACUCCUGCAACUUAAAGAUUUUCCUCUAUUCUUUUUUUAUAUGAUGCAUAUGGGAAUAGGAAGAUGUAUUUUAUUACUGACUUUGUUUUUAUUGUUUCUUUUCAGCUCUCGUUUUAUGUAUAGAUGUUUACCGUGUGUGGGGAAGUAUGUGCAAAUGCAGUAAAGAAGAGUUUAAUCGUGCA